CUGUUCAUCAUGAGAGGAGAAGGAAUAGUAAAUUCAAGUUUAGAUUUAAUAGGUAAUACGCCUCUAGUUAAUCUGGGAAAGAUCACAGAGGAGAAUAAUCUGAAAUGCACUCUGCUUGGGAAAGUAGAGGCCUUCUCAGCAGGCGGAAGUGUGAAGGAUAGGAUAGCACUGCGUAUGAUACUCGAAGCAGAAAAAGAGGGACGUCUAAUCAGGGGUGUAUCAACCAUUAUUGAACCCACAUCAGGUAAUACAGGUAUAGGACUCUGUUUGGCGGCAGCAAGACUUGGUUAUAAAGUAAUAAUUACUCUACCAGAAAAGAUGUCACUCGAGAAAGAGAGAAUGAUGACUGCACUCGGCGCGAGGAUUAUUAGAACACCUACAGACGCACCCUCAGAAUCUGCAGACUCUAAUAUAGGUGUAGCCAGACGACUAGUUCAUGAAAUAGAAAACGCGGUCAUGCUGGAUCAAUAUAGCAACAUCAAUAACGCUCUCGCGCAUGAGAAAGGCACUGCCGUCGAGAUAAUCCGUGAUAUUCAAGCCACCAGAGGUGAAAACGCGAUUGCAGAUGUUUUGUUCGCGGGUGUAGGUACAGGGGGGACUAUAACAGGCUUAGCACGCGGAUUAAGGAAGCAUAAUAAGUCUCAAAACGCCAAAAAUGAUUACAAAGAUGGCUUGCUUGUCGUAGGUGUAGAUCCCGUUGGUAGUAGUCUCGCGUUGCCCGCAUCCCUCAACAGAAUUGAAGACGGACAAUCAGCUUCUUAUGCCAUCGAAGGUAUUGGAUAUGAUUUUAUACCUGCUGGUUUAGACAGAAAUGAAGUCGAUUAUUGGAUAAAGACUUCAGAUGAUGAGUCAUUCGAUUGCGCACACCAGCUCAUACGUUCUGAGGGUUUACUCAUUGGCGGUUCAGCUGGGGGCUGCUUGGCAGGUGCAUUGAAGUAUUUGCGAACAACUGAAGAAGGAAGGAAGAUAUCUCAAGACCCAAGUAAGACUGUCGUAUUGAUAUUCGCAGACUCAAUACGCAACUACAUAACAAAAGACUGGAUACUAAAUUAAACCAUCUAUUUGAUUGUAACUUUUUG